CCGAGGCGCUCCCCUCCGGAGCCGAGGCGCGGAGGGUCGCUCUUGCAGGGUGCUGGGAUAGGACACUCGGGGGAGGGCUGAGAGCUACACGGGGCCUGUCUCGAGCAGCUGUGGGGAUGGGAGACCUGCCCUGGGGCUAGAGGGAGGAUGGGGCCUGCCUGGCCUGGGCUAGGGCGGAGCUAGGAGGGUCUUGGGCUGGGCUGGGCUGGGGGCUGGUCCGGGGUUGGAGGAGGGCGUGUUGGGGAGCCUGCCCGGGUUCCUGGGAGAAUCCAGGCGUCUCACCUUGCCCCAGCGUGGGGGAUGGGUAGAUGCCUCCCAGCUGUUAGAAGACGGAGACGUGUCUGGGACUGCUGGGGAAAUAGGAAACUUGUCUCUGAACUACUGAAUCCCAGAAAAGAGGACAUGUCCCCAGGGAGGUUUGCUGGGGGAAGGACGGGCAUGUCUAGGCCCUUGGGACAUUAGGCCUGCUCUUACCAGGGGCUGAUAAAAGGAUGUGGUAAUUGAAUAAGGGCUUUUGGGAGAAAAGAUUUGCUCCAAGGUUGGGAGACUGAGAACGAGGGUGUUGGACUAACAGGAGGGUGCCUUGUCCUGGGAUCUUGGGGGAAGUAAGGAUUUGUGUGGAGCUUCUCUGUUGAGUUCUAGGUCUCUAGUAGGAAGACAUUCUGGGAAUUGGUGAAGAGAGGAGAUUUAAUAGUCUUUUCUUGGGACAUAGUGAUUCCAGAAGUUGUAGUUGAGGAAAGUUGGUUGAAGUAUUGAACUGUAUACAGUCAGUGGAGGAAGGAGGAGCUCUACUGUGAAGGUUGCUAGGCUACAAAGAGCUUGUAGGCAACGCCUAGGGCGGUUGAGAGAAGGUGGCAAUGCUUUCAAGUCCAAAUACAGGCUGAGCUGGGGCUUGUCCCUUGUUCAUGUCAUGGUGCUGUGGAGCUCUUAAAUUAGUUUUCAGUAGUCUUAUCUUGAGCAAAGAGUAUGAAUAGGUGCCGAGGACUAAGGAAAACAUUCACCCUUUGGGUCCUGAGAAGCAUUAGACCCCGAUCUCUAGGGUGGUAGCUUUCAAACUUAAAAAAAAAAAAAUCAUGCCCCACAGUAAUAAGUGUUUUACAUUCAGAUCUAGUACAUACCUAGGUAUGAAGGGAAACUUUCACAAAGCAGUAUUUACCCUUAUUAUAUAUAAUAUGUUCUGCUAAUUUCUAUUAUAUUCCACCCUCUUGCAUUAAAGAAAAAAUGCUGGCUGACAUUUACUAAAUUGAUGAUUUGUGGGUCACAACUUGCAGUUUGAAAAACACUGUUUCUGGAGCACAUUUAUUUGGUGUCAAUCAGUGUCCUCAUUCUGUAAGCUUCUGAAGAGCAGGGAUGAUUCUAAGGAGAUGGAUUUUUUUUUUUUUUUUUUGGCCGCGGAAGAGGGAGGAGGACAGCUAGGUGCAAUUGAUUGCUUUGGUUUAGAUGUUUAUACCACGUAGCAUAUUUGACCUGUGUUUUCUAAAGUACCAUAAUCUUGAUCUUUAAUAUCUUAAUGUUGCCUGAUCAUUUGACUGAUGAAAUUUUGUGUAUGCGUGUGUGUUUUAGUUUUCUCUAUGCUUUGCUGUGUCUGAGAAAUAUGAGAGGCCUAGUUCCACUUAGUUGCUUUAUCACCACAACAGAGUUAAAGAAAUUUUAUUUUACUGUUCCAAUGUUGUGAAGAUACACUGAUUUUCUUUUCUGCUAUUUAAAAACAUCCCAAAUUCUUCUUACUGCAGUAAUUAUUAUGAUAUACUUUUUGCUACAUGAUGAAAAAUAUAUGAAAAAUACACGAUAAAAUAUAUACCAAAGCCAUAGACAUAUAUAAAAGCCUUACAGUCUACGGCUUUGGUAUAUAAACUUAAUCAUAAACCUAAGUAUAACUUUGAAUCAGUUAACAUCUUAAUUCCCCUUACAAAAAUUUUAGGUGGGGUCCUUAGAAAAAUAGUAUUAAUUCAUAAUAAACAUUAAUGACUGUUGGUGAACAAAGUGAGAGUCGUUCAUGUAAUGUUAAAUGUUGUAAUGUUAAAGUCCUUUGAAAAGUUGUUAGCAUAGCCUAUUGCUGCAGGACAUUGAGUGUCAAAGGAUGUUGUCUAAUUUCAGUAGGUACACAGGGUAUGUAUUUAAGACCAGUUUAAUAGCGUUUCUUUUUGUUGAGGGUGAGUUCAUAUUAUUUGUAACAUAGAAUUCAAAGACACAGUCAUCAGGACAGAAGUACCCAAGUUAAAACUUCAUCAGUGGGGUCACAUUCUUGAUCAAAUGCUUUAUGAAAACAUUCUAUCAUCUUUGAACUUUGUGUGUUAUAGAUCUUUCUUGCCUUUAAUUAUUUAUUAGGUACUGAUAGAGGGGUUAUGCUGGCAUAUAUCAGCCAUCCUUUAAAAAUGACCUCUUAAUCAGGGAAAUAUUUGUUUUAAAAUAUUUAGCUUUAAUGAAUGUUUAAAGAUUUUAUUUUGUGGUGGGUGCCUGGAACAUUAAAGAAGAUUCUUAUUUAUUUCAUUUUUCUGGGAAUCAUGUGUACUUGUCAAUAAACAGUUAUGGAGAAGUGACCCUGAGUGAUUGUGUGUGCUUUUCAAUAGUUUUUGUUUCUUCUCUGAUCCUUACACUCUUAAGCAUGUCCACCUGUAGCAGGCUCUUUUCUCCUUCUAAUUUUUGCCUCCAAACUACUAUGGUUUUGAAAAUCAGAUACUUGUAUUUGUUAUGUAAUACUUUUUUUUUCCUUUUCUUAGUGUGUGAACUGUGUGACAUGUAUGUUGGCUACUUAGAGGCCAGUUUACUUAGUCCUGGGCUGUGUUUUAAAUAAGUGAACUCUUUAUAUAUUUUGGGCCUGGUUAGCUGUAUAAGAAAUAAUAUAAAACUGAUAGUGAUACAAUUUGGGCUUAAAGGGUGAAGGAAUCACUUAUUUGCGAUUGUUGCCUUUCUCCUACACAUGAUUAGUUAUUGAGAUUUACCAUUCCUCCCUUUUUCAUGCUACCUUUUCUGACUUGUUUCUUUGGAAUUAGAACGGUAAUAACCAGACUGUUCCCAUUGUCUUUUGCUUGCAUAGCUUCAUGAGAGAACUCUUCCAAAGGAUAGUGCUAUGAUUAUUUCAUUUCCCUCCUCAAAAACCAUUAGUUGCUUUCCAGUACAGGCACUGAAUAAAGCCCAUAGUGUUUAGCUUGACAUUUAGGGCCUUCUACAGACUUUCUCUACUUUUUUUCUUGCAUCAUCAUUACACUCCUAAAUGCAGUUCCUCUACCUGCCAAGGCAUCUGCUCAUGUACCUUCCUUUGUGUGUAAAAUUAUCCCUGAAAGUCUGCAUAUAAAAUGUUCCCUUUCUUCAUGAAAUCCUACUCACUCUCAUUUCAUUUCAGAUGACCCCUCUUCUUUGAAGUCUUUGUUGCUUAUGUUGUCUGUACUACCUUUGCUAUAUUGCUUUGUAUUAUUUGUGCGCCUUAUUUUUAUUCCUUUUAGAUUAUAAAUGCGUAGUGAACAGGAGGCUCAAAUAUCCAUGAAAAACUAGGACAUCUAGCACAGGGUCUACUAGAGCAUAGUUCAUAGACCAAGUAGAUCAGAAUUGACUGAAGGUGUGGUUAAAAAUGCAGAUCCGGCAAGGCACUGUGGCUCACACCUGUAAUCCCAGCACUUUGGGAGGCUGAGGUAGGAGGAUCGCUUGAAUCCAGGAAUCAAAGCCAACCUGGGCAACAUAGGGAGACCCAUCUCUAUGAAAAAUUAAAAAAUUAGCCAGGCAUAGUGGUACAUGCCUAUAGCCCAGCUACUUGAGAGGCUGAGGCCAGAGGAUCACUUGAGCCUCAGAGGUUGAGGCUUCAGUGAGCUAUGAUUACACCAUUGUACUCCAGCCUGGGCAAGAAGAGUGAGGCACUGUUUAAAAAAAAAAAGAUAAAUAAAUAAAUAAAAUAAAGCAGAUCCCUGAAUUCUAACCUAGACUUACUGAAUCAGAAUCUCUGGUGGAAUCUAGGAAUCUGCGUUUUAUCAAGCUGCCCAGAUGAUUCUUCCGUACAGUAAAAGUUAAAAGUCACUGACCUAGCAUGAUGCCUUAAAUUACAGUAGGUACUCAAAUAAUUUUUCAGCAAGUGAUGUUAAUAAACUGAGCAAUAUCAUAAUUCAGCAAACUGGCUUGAUUUUAGGGCCUUGAAGUCAGUCUAGAUUUGAGUUCUGGCUCUGUCACUAGCUCUGGGCCUGUAACCUCUCUGCUUCAGUUUUCUGAUCUGCAAAAUGGGAUAAUAGUACCCCUUAUAGAAGUGUUGUGAUAACUGAGAUGAUACGUAUAAAACAACACGGCACACAACACAUAAUAAACUUACAGUAGAUUUUAUCUGCUGUCGUGAUGAUGCCUGGCACAACAGUCGUCACCACAGUAAUGACAGAACAUCAUGAAGCGAGGGUCCACAUCAGCCAUUGUUAGUAAACAAAUUGCUCAUAUGGUUUUAAGAACUAAGGCUUAACAUAUUUUCUAUUUUACAUUAACAGAUUGUGGCCCUACGUAGUGUUUAAAGUCAUAAAGGUAUUUCGCCUUCUUUGGAAGAAUUGGUAUCAAAUUAGCAUGUUAAGAUUUUUCCCCUUCAUCUCCCCACUGAUGGAAGAAUAAAGUGCAAACUUUUGAAUGGUGGACCUCAGCCCCUUACCAUCUGGCCCUACCAAUUCUUUAUUUUCUAGCCAUCCUCCCGCAUACACUCUAUACCAACUACACUACAUUUCUCACUUUAUUUUGCAUUUCUCAGUCAUUUGUGUUUGUGCACAUGCUUUCCCCUUCUUUUCAUCUAGUACUUUGCUGCUGCUGUCUUGUAAAACUCAGUUUUACAUGUGACUGACCUCCUUAGUGAAGAUAGUCACUCCCUCAGUGUUCUCAAAGUCCUUUGUCCGUACUUCUUAUAUAUUACCUUUGUGUACAUUUGUCUUUUUGGAGGGAAAACGAUUUAAUCCUGGCAUGUAUUCCCACCUCUGCCAAAAGGGGAGGAUGUUUAUUUGACUCAUAUCAGCUCCUCCAUUUGUCUGGGCAUCUCAGCUUUCACAAUAAUAACUAGUUUAUUGACCACUUACUUCAUGCCAGGUACUUAACUAGAUGCUUCAAAAACUUUAUUUCAUGUAAUCUUCACAAUAACUGUGAAAUAGCUAUUAAUAGCUUCAUUUUACAAGUGAGGAAGCAGGCAUAGAGAUAGGUAAGUAACUUGUACAAAUCACACAGGAGAGUCAUAAGUGAACUCAGAACUAACUGAAGACCAUGCUUUUAAUCACAGUGCUCUUCUAAAAAUGAAAUUUAAACAGGUAGCCCAUUUCCCAAACUCAGGAUCUUAAAACUGUGUGAAACUUUGAUUAAUCACUAAUCAUUCUUAGGAAUGCGAUCCAUAACAAGUACUAUUGUAAAAAGUUAUUUAAAACUGUUCUUGGAAUAAUGCAUUUCCGGUGAUUUUCAAAAUUUUUCUUCUCAUUCUGCCAUUGGUGAGCUUCAUUUUCAUUUCACUGUCAGAAGAUGUUGUUUCAUGUCUAUUGAUAAUAAAAUUCACUUUUCCAUUUAUCCAAUGAAUAUUUUUUAAUCAUAUGCUAGGCACUGCUCUGUACAAAACUGAACUGGACUGAUAAAUCCCUGCUAGUGUGGGACCUAUUUUCUGCUGGAGAACAAACAGUAAACUAACGGAUUAUGAUAAGUGCUAUGAAGAAUGACAGAGGGUGAAGUGACCAUGAGUGAUGAUGGCAGUGGUGCUAUUUUUGAUGGGGUGGUCAGAAGCAGCCUCUUUGAGAGGGUGACAUUUGUGUUUAAAUUUGAGGCGAAACACUGAGAUGAAGCAGCUCUGCCAAGAGACAGGAAAAGGGCCGUCCUGCAAAUGCAAAGGCCAUAGGGGGAAAUCAACUUGGCGAGUCUGAGAAAUAGAAAGCCACGGAGGCUGAAUGGUGGGCUAGGAAAGGAGUGGGAGGAAAUGAGGUUAGAGAUGUAAGCAGCAAUCAGAUUAAAUGAAUCCUUGGCGACUAUGAUGGAGAGAUUGGAUUUUAUUCUGCAUGUGAAGGGGAGCCAUUGGAGAGUGUAAAGGACAUGAUUUGACUUACAUUUUGAAAAGAUCACUUGACUGCUUUGUGGAGAAUGAAUUGUACAAGAGUCAAGAGUGACCAGGGCAGAGGCUAAUGCAGAGGUCCUGGUGAGAAGUUGAUGAUGUCUUGAACAAGAAUAAGGUAAUAGAGAUGGACAAAAUUGGGAUAUUUUGGAUGUGGUAUUGAUAGGUGUUGCUGAUUAGUUACACGGGGGCAUGAGAAGAAGAGAAAAGUCAAAUAUAACUUCCAAGAUGGGAAUGAGUGGAAGAGGAGCAGAUUUGGAGAGGGAAUUCAGAGUUCUGUUUUUGCCUUCCUGAUCAUACUAUCCACUAAGGAUACCACUACUCUGAAUUUUGUGUUUUUUCUCUGCCUUUUCUUUACAGUUUUUGCCACAUGUUUAUGUGACCUUAAAUGAUAAAAUGGCUAAUUUCCAUGUUUUAAAAUUUUGUAUAAAUGGAAUUAUACUGUAUAUAUUCUUGUGAUUUUUUUUUUUUACCCAUUCAGCAUUGUUUUUUUUUUCUGCCCUGUGUGAACAAAUCGAUGUUUUUCAAAAGCCAUUCAUGUUGAUGAGGAAGUAGGCAUAAUGAACUACCAACUGUUAAUUUCUAUUGAUGUGUAACAUUUUAUUUUAUGAAUAUAUUGUAAUUUACCCAGUUGCCUGUUCUUAGAUAUAAGGGCUUCUCCACACUGCAUUCCCCUCCACCGCAAUCCUCCCAGGAUUUUUGCAGUUUUAAGCAAUGCUGUUGUUACGGACGUUCUUUUACUUAUUUCCUGGUGCACACUACAAGUUCCUGUAGAGUUUAUACUGAGAAGUGGAAUUGCUAGAUCGUAGAGUAUGUGCGUCUUCAACUUUACUAGACUGUAAUAAAUUGUUUUCCAAGGUGUUUGUACUAGUUGAUACUCCCACUGGCUACAUCGCCAGUUUCUAUUCUUCUGCAUUUUCUCCAAUACUUGGUAUUGUCAGAGUUUUUAAGUUUUGCUGAUUUGCAUAAAAUGGUAUCUCACUGAGAUUUUAAUUUUUGUCUCUGAAAAUUAUUGAACGUGAGCAUCUUUUAUAUAGGUUAAACAUUUUUAAUUUUAUCUUUUAUUAAGUACUUGUUUAUGUCUUUUGUCCAUUUUCCUAUUAGGUUGUCUUCCUUCUUCUUACUGUUUUUAAGAGUUCUCUGUAUUAGUUACAUGUGUUGCAAAUAUAUUUUUUCCAGUUUUUUGCUUGUCUUUUCAUGUUUUUCAUGUCUUUUGAUGAUCAGAAGUGUUUCUUUUUUUUCUUUUCUUUUUUUUUUUUUUUGAGACAGGGUCUUGCUCUGUCGCCAGGCUCGAGUGCAGUGGUGUGAUCUCUGCUCACUGCAACCUUCACCUCCUGGGCCCAAAUAAUCUUCCCACCUCAACCUCCCAAGUAUCUGGGACUACAGGCACAUGCCACCAUGCCUGACUGAUUUUUUUGUGGAGAUGGGGUCUUGCUGUGUUGCCCAGGCUGGUCCUGAACUCCUGGGCUCAAGCAAUCCUCCUGCCUUGGCCUCCCAAAGUCCUGGAAUUACAGAUGUAAGCCACCAUGCCUGGCCAAGUUUUCAUUUGACUGCUCAACUUUAUUUUUAUGGAUUUUAAAAAUGUUUUCUCUAUGAAAUAUUUCCCUAAAUCAAGAUCAUAAAGUUCUUUUCCUAUUAGAAGAAAUAACUUAUUUUUUUCUCAAGGAGAUAAAGUUUGCUUUCAUAUUUUAUGUGGAGGUGAAUUUUUUGGUAAGGAUUCAAUUUCAUCUUUUCCCAGAUUGUUAUUCACUGUCCUAGCACCAAUUAUUGAAUAGCUUAAUGUUUUUCUAGUGAUCGCUAUGCUACUUCCCUGCCAUAUUUUCAUGGGCAUGUUUCUGGGCUCUGUUUUCUGUUUCAUUGGUCUAUUUUUCUUCUCCAGGGUUAUUUAACAGAAUAUAGUUGAUUCUUGUAAUUUACAGUACUUUUAUGUAAAGUCGCCAUGAACAGUGAAUUAGUGAAUAUGGAAAUUGUUACUCCUAGGGGAAAUAUAGGGUUAGGUUCCUGCAAGCCUCUGAUCAUAACAUUUUUGUCAAGUGAUAAAUAGAUAAUUUUGUUUUAUAUUAGUUUCUAUUUAAAGACAUUUAAUGUGUAUCAUUGAUUCGUUAACAUUGAAUUCACUGCAAACAGCCCUAAAUUCAUGCCUGAAUAAAGUGAUCUAAUUGUGCAUUUUCUCCAUAAGGCAUAUUGCAGCUUCCUCGUGCUUUGCGCUUUAGAAACACUAGAUGGCAUUUCACCACUACCCUUGGGGACCCCUUAAAUAGUGAAGUCACCAACAAAAAGCACAAAAAUAUGAAAAGCAUGGCGCUAGAUAGAUCAUGGAAAGGACACUUGUUUAUAUUAUGAGAGCUGAAACAAGAAGGCAUAGUGCCACCUUGUUCUACCUCAGCAGGGAACAUACCCAUUGAACAACUCAAAUUUUUUGUCACUUUGUGCUUAUCUGCAAAUGACCACAAAAAUGCUGCAAGUAUUGAUUUUGUGGUAACAAGUACCUUUUGGCAAGUAGGGAAAUUUGCAGAUAGGGAAUUUGUGAAGAAUGAGACUCAACCUAUGAAAUACUGGGAGAGAGGUAGUUUUUUAGGAACUUAGCAUUAGCACUUUCCCCUAUCUGUCAUAUUUGCAUGUAUCUUUAUAGCAUUUUAUUUUAAGAGAAUAAUGCUAUGAAUCUUUCUAAUAUUAAGUCUUCUGAUAGAUGCCAUUAUGUCAAUAAAGAGACUUCUCUUUUGGGAAUACCUUUAUUAUAUUUAUAAUCAUGUUAUUAUUUAGUUCAUAGGUAAAUUGAAGGAAAUAACUUUAGGAAAGAAUUGCAACUCUUAAAAUGUUGAAAACAAGUCUAAACUAUUAAACUUUUAUUAUAUGAGAAUCAUAUGAGGAUGAUAUUUUCUCAUAGGCAUUAUUAAUAAGGCAUAAGUUUUGUAAAGGCAAAUACCAUUUGGAGGUUGAAAUUUAAAUAUUGGCUCUAUUAGUCCCUCAUUAGUGACGAUUUUCCUCAUGAACAUUGAUAAAGGAUUCGAAGAAAAAGGUAAAUGAAGAUUGUAUACAUCGUAAAUCAGAUCUCCCACUAAAUGUAUUUAUUGAGACUUGGCUGUUUUAUCCCUCAUGAUUUAAGAUCCUCAAGUGAAUUAUUUGCAUUAAUUUGAUAAGUGCUGAGAGUAGGAAUGAGAAAUGGUAGACUUCACCUAUAUUCAUCUUUUUUAUAUAGCAUACACUAUAUUCCUGUAUUUUUCAAAAAUGUUCAUUUUGUUAGUAAAAUGUACAUAAAAUUUAUCAUUAUAACCAUUUUAUAGUUUAGUGGCAUUAAGUACAUUCACAUUGUUAUGCAACCAUCACCAUCAAUCAGCUUCAGAAUUUCUUCUUUUUCCAAACUGAAACUUUGUACCUAUUAAUUAAUAACUCCCCACUCCCCGUGCCCUCUGGCUCCUGACAAUCACCAUUCUACAGUCUCAAUGAACUUACCACUCUGGUUACCCCAUGUAAGUGGAAUCAUACACCAUUUGUUCUUUCGUGUCUAGCUUAUUUCAUUUAGCAUCACGUCUUCAAGGUUCAUAUAUGUUGUAGCAUGUGUCAAAUUUUUUUUUAAGGCUGAUAGUAUUCCAUUGUAUGUAUCUGCCACAUUCUUUUAUCCAUUUAUCUACCUUUUGACUAUUGUAAAUAAUACUACUGUGAACAUUGGUGUACAAAUAGGUUUUGACUCCUGCUUUCAAUUCUUGGGUAGAUACCCAGAAGGGGAAUUGCUGGGUCAUAUAGUAAUUCUAUGCUUAAGUUUUUGAGGAACAAUCAUAUUUUCCACAUCAGUUGUACCAUUUGCAUUCCUACCAGCAGUGCACAUAUAUUAAUCUUGAGUUACUGAGCAGCACCUGUUUUUCUGAAGUAUGGCAUAAAUGAUUAACUCUUGCAUAUGAGUUGUAAGGUAUAGUAGGGGUACAAAAAUCAUAUAUUCAGUAUUAAAUAUUUUGUGGUUGUGUUUUUUGCUGAAUAACUUGUAGUGGCAAAUAUUUCUGACUGCCAUGAUGGCACCUCUUUUGGAAUCUCCGUGGAGUAGAUACAAUUAUGUAUUCUAGCCAUAGCUAUGAAGAAUUUUUGUUUCUAAAGUACUUUGAUUUCAGAGUUUAUUAAUAAAUCUACUUUUCAUAUUACAUAAAUUUGGUAUGCACAAUCAGAAGUGAUGAGAAAACCUAUUGAUAAGCACAUUUAUGGGGUGUCAAUUAUAUGCAAGGUUCCAGUAUAUGAUAGAUACAAAGAAGCAUUAGGAUAAGGUUAUUAUUCUCAAGAGCUAUACAGUUUGAAGACACAAGACAAACACAUGAAAGUUACAUUGCUACACAUGAAAAAUAAGGGUAUAUUAUUUAAAAUGAGAAGAUGACAUGCCAGUAUGUGAUUAAUCGCCCACUGAGUGUUUCAGGCAAGGUUAACAUGAGCUUAGCUCAAAGGAAACAUCACUAUAGGAAGAGGUAUCUGAAAAUGCUUCAUCUCUAAAGUAUAUAUUGAGUAGUGUGUUGAAUGAUGCAUAAAAUUCAGAUAGGUGGAGAGGUAAGGGCAAGCUCUUCCAAUUAAGGAGGAAUAGCAUAAAUGUCAGACAUUUUUACUGUGCCAAAUCAUUAAUUGGCAUUAAUUUAGCAUAGUCCUUGGACCUAAAAAUUAGAUUAUUUAACAAAAAUUGCAAGUUAGUCCUCCAGCUCUAUAUUCCGUUCACGCUACCAUGUUCACUAAGUGGUGAUGGUAGUAGUAAUAGGGGAAGCAGGAGAAGUAAUAGUAAACUAACAUUUAUUAAGUGCUUUCUAUGUGCCAGGCACUGUGCUAACCACCCUUUACCAAUAUUAUCUCCAUUCAUUCUUCAGUAACCCUAUGAGCUAGGAGUUACGGGCUACUACCCCUUCCUGUGAAUGAAGAAGGGUAGACUUAGAGAACUUACGUAACUUGCCCACAGUCGCACAGAGUCGUGGAAUCAGUCAGGAUUUACAUAGCCAAGGAGUUUAGUUUUAGAACCAGCACUUAUUACCAUUGGGCAAUAUUGCUGUAGCACUAAAUGUAGGAGGGGCUAGUAAAAAAAAAACAACGUUUUUUUUUUUUUUUUUUUUAAAUGACCUGCAAACUUUUGCAACCUUUACGCGUGAUUGAUGUUCCAACAUUCUGAAUCCCUGGUUAUUAGCCAGGGUGGUUUGUCAACUGCUCUGGAAGGCUGUCGAGUGAUGAACUAGUGGUCUGUUCCUAACGAGGCUUUUCCUUAGCAUGAUGGCCUCUGUAGCUGCUCAGGAGCACAGAUAAUGGGGUAAUCUGUUCUGUAAACAGCUAAGUAAUGGCCUGAAACUUGUGUGUUCACAGCGGAAAGAAAACAUGCAUAUAUAAUUUUCUUCUGAUGAAACAUAAUGUAUUCAAGAAAAAGAAUCUUGCUUUUUGGAAGGAUGGAAAAGUUGGGAAUAAUUUUUUCCCCUUUGAUGAUUAGACCAGUCAGUACUGUUGCUUAGUUUUUUGGUUCAGUUACUUUGAUGUGGUUACAAGAGGAAUGUUGGCUGUAAUGAAUUUCAUACAUUUUUGUAAGUUAUGUUUCCAUGUCUUAUGUGUGAUGUUGUGUACUGUUGACAUGAAAUACUCCUUUUUUGGUAAAGAUGGAAUGGCUUAACAGAUUAGAGCUAUAGAAAGUAUGACUUAGCAUGCUGGUAAGGCCACAGAAACCCAAGCAAGUUCCCCCAGUUUCAUAUCCUGUAAAUAGAGAUAAGUUAGUUUUUCUGUUUCAGAGAGUGGUUAUGGAAAAUUACUAGGCUUUAAAAUGAUUGUUAAUCUCAGUGUGGGGACAUUUGGUUUGGGGACAUCAGUUCAAGAGUAAAUGUAUCUGAUCCUGCUUUGAAUAAAUGCAACUUUAAAGCCUUGGAAUUUUACCAGAUUGAACCUGGGCCAAAUAGAAAGAAUGUCUAAUUUAAUAGGGAUAUAGACAGUUGGUUUAAACCAACAUUUUUGGACGAGGAGAGGCUAUGGAAAUGAAGAAAGAAGUGUUUAGAAAUAUCACACAAACAGCUGUCCCACCUCGUCCACUUUCAUUUAAGCCUCUCAAAGGUUGUCUUGUGAAGAAGACAGUUACCCAAGUGGAUAGCAAAUCACUAAAAUGAAAUGUCAUCUGACCCAAGGAACCUAAAGCAUUUUAAGAAACAAAGAUGGAUCAACCUAGUGGAAGAAGUUUCAUGCAAGUAUUAUGUGAAAAAUAUAGUCCUGAAAAUUUUCCUUAUCGCCGUGGCCCAGGAAUGGGAGUACAUGUCCCAGCCACACCUCAGGGCUCUCCUAUGAAAGAUCGCCUCAACCUCCCAAGUGUACUAGUGUUGAACAGCUGUGGAAUAACCUGUGCAGGAGAUGAAAAAGAAAUUGCUGCCUUCUGCGCUCAUGUGUCGGAACUAGAUCUUUCUGACAACAAACUCGAAGACUGGCAUGAGGUCAGUAAAAUUGUGUCAAAUGUUCCUCAGCUGGAGUUUCUAAACCUGAGUUCCAACCCUCUGAAUUUGUCGGUUUUAGAAAGAACAUGUGCUGGGUCCUUCUCUGGGGUUCGCAAACUUGUCCUCAACAACAGCAAAGCUUCUUGGGAGACAGUCCACACGAUACUACAGGAGUUACCAGAUUUGGAGGAGCUCUUCCUGUGCCUUAAUGACUAUGAAACAGUGUCUUGUCCUUCUAUUUGCUGUCAUUCUCUUAAGCUACUACAUAUAACAGACAAUAACCUCCAAGACUGGACUGAAAUACGAAAGUUAGGAGUUAUGUUUCCUUCACUGGAUACCCUCGUCCUGGCCAACAAUCAUUUGAAUGCUAUUGAGGAGCCUGAUGAUUCAUUGGCCAGGUUGUUUCCUAAUCUUCGAUCCAUCAGCCUCCACAAGUCAGGUUUGCAGUCCUGGGAAGACAUUGAUAAACUAAAUUCAUUUCCCAAACUGGAAGAAGUGAGAUUGUUAGGAAUUCCUCUUCUGCAGCCAUAUACCACCGAGGAGCGAAGGAAAUUGGUAAUAGCCAGAUUGCCAUCAGUUUCCAAACUUAAUGGCAGCGUUGUUACUGAUGGUGAACGAGAAGAUUCUGAGAGAUUUUUUAUUCGUUACUAUGUGGGUGUUCCACAGGAAGAAGUGCCAUUCAGGUAUCAUGAACUGAUCACAAAAUAUGGGAAGUUGGAGCCUUUGGCAGAAGUGGACCUAAGACCCCAGAGCAGUGCAAAAGUAGAAGUCCACUUUAACGAUCAGGUGGAAGAAAUGAGCAUUCGUCUGGACCAAACAGUUGCAGAGCUAAAGAAACAGUUAAAAACUCUAGUACAAUUACCCACAAGCAACAUGCUUCUCUACUAUUUUGACCAUGAAGCACCCUUUGGCCCAGAGGAAAUGAAGUACAGCUCUCGGGCAUUGCAUUCCUUUGGCAUUAGGGAUGGAGAUAAAAUUUACGUGGAAUCCAAAACAAAAUAACCUCUACCAGCCUUGUGAAAACAUACACAUAAGGACUUGUUGCAGGGCAUUUGUUUUUAAUGUGGUUUUCUUUAGGAGGGAGAAGGUUGUUUUUGUUUUGUUUUGUUGUGUUUAGGUUUGGGAAGGAUUUUGUAUAUUUUUCCCCCUGGAGUGAGUAGGGGGCCAUUUUUGGGUAUUUUCUACCACAGAUUUAUUUGGCUCAGCCAGCGGAAUUGGCCACAUUUCCAGUGUAUGUGCCCUGUCUAAGGAAAGAUGACAAAGAAAUCACCGACUUCUUACUGUGUUCACUGGGAUCUGCCUGCCACUUGGUUAUCAUUACUGUUGGGUGAACUUGUGAAGGUAACAUGAACAGUGUAGCCCCUUAGAAGGGUCUCAUAGAGAAUUUAAACAGGGUGACAAGGAAUCUUCACAGGAAGGGCCAGAACUUCUCUCUCCCAGUUCUUCCUUCCGCUACCCUCCGUCCUUGGCUUUUUUGGUUCAGUUCCAUUUUUUUCGUUUUGACGUGUGGUUUACCUAAUAGUUUUGUUCUGUUCGUAAUUCUUAUUUCUCAACCUGGGUGAUUUUUUUGUUCUCAUUUCUCCCUUUUGAAAUAAUUGAAAGUGUUUUAAGCAUUUUUCAACCUGAUUCUAAUCUCAGGUAUGCAGUAAGAAGCUAUAACUCUGUUAGAACCUCGAAGAAGAGUAGAUGUAGAAUGAAAACUCCAGGAAAACUUGCAGUUAUUCUGGAAGCACCGGCAGAACAGUCUGAUCUCUUUGUAUGUUACUAACUCACUUUUAAUGUCCCUUGUACAUUAUGUCAGCCAUUACUUUCAUAACAUGAAAUAUGUCAGAUUCCAGAGUUCUUUUAUUUUUGCUUAUUGAAUGUAUUUCCUCAUAUCUUUCUUUUUCAUUACUUUAAACUAUUGGGAAUUGAGGCCUGACUUCAUAAAUAAUUCAAUAGAGUCCUGGAUACAUGCACCAGGAGACUUGAGAAUUAGCUCAUAAACUGUCUGUGGUGUGUGUGGGAAAUGAAGUUGGGGGAUGUGGGGGAAGAACUUAUGACUUUCCCACCUGUGUCAUCCAUUGGAAGCCCUUGCUCUUGCACUUUGCAUUAAAAGUGGGAAACAUUAAUCAAAGGGAGCUUUUAUUCCCAGGUUUUCCCUAGGACUUUGUGAUGUCAUAAUUGAACAAUUCUUUUGUUUUACAUUUCAAUUUAGUUGCCUCAUAGAAGUAUAACUGCCCAAUCUAUGAGUAAAGUAUAAGUGUCAAAACUUUACAAUUGCCUCCAAGUCAUAUUUUUUGCAGAAGCACAUUUAAAGCACUUUUCUGUAAAAGCUAGUUCCUUACCUGCUCGGAAAUCUUUUUGUUUGUUCUUCUAUUCCUUUGUUAAUCAGAUAUAAUCCCUUUCUUUAAUGUGUAUUUUUCUUGGUCCACCAUGUUUACAGAUGGGAGACUUGAGAAAUACUUAGCAUAACUGGGGCAGAAAGUGUGUAAGUGAAGUAUUUUUCAAAGAAUGCAAUUAUUAUCUGAUUGCGUUUGACCUUUUGACCUUUGUUACAUAAUUCUACCCCUCCUACAAAUUUAAUUUUUUUAUGAAAUUUUUAGGUGACUUGUAAAUUCUUCAUGUAUGAGGAGUUGUGUUUAUUAAUGCUACUUUUUAAAUUUUCCUGUGCCAUGUGGCAGAUGUUUAUUCUCUUAAUGCACUUCAGGUUUGCUAUCUGUAAAGCCUUUGACCCAGGCCUACUGAGUCAAAUCUACAUUCAGUGUAACAUUAAAGGUGGAAACCAAAGGGUUUGAGAAAGAUGAAUAAGGCCUAUUCUCCUUCUGCUGCAGGCUUUAUCUUUCAAAAUCGUAAAAAUGAGCAAUGGAGAUCCAGGCUGGGUAUAGACAAGAAUAAUUAUUUCUUGUCUAUAAGAAAAUAACAUUUUCCUGACAGAUUUUUGGAAGUAGGAAAAAAGUAUGGCAACAGUGUCAUGAAGAUUGAAACUGUAGGUGCUUUGUGUAUGUAUGCAUGAGUGCAGAUGAGUUUGAGAGAGAAAAAGUGUAAUUGAGCCCUUUGCUUUUGUCAGCCUGGGAAACAGAUGCGUUCUUAUUUUUUGAAGUUGUGUGACCCUGGACUGUCCCACAGCAGAAGGCAGAACAAACCCUUAUGUUAUGCUUUAAUCAUAAGUGGAAUGGUCACAAUUAAUAAGAUAUUUUAUAUAUGGCAAAGUUUUAUGAAAUGCUUUUUUACUAUUAGAGACCUGUUUCUUCUGUUAUUACAGAACACAGUGUUUAUCAACUGCGGACAUAAUUCUUUUAUUAUACAGUUGCAUGUAAAGGGAGCUUCUCAUUUAAUUCAGCGGAUGUGGGUAUUUUUAGGGCAUUGUAAUUGAUGGUUUUAAUAAUUGCUGAAUAAUUUUUGAUUAAGAGAAAAAUGUAAUACAAUUACUGGUCUUUUAGAGUUACAGAACAGAAGUUAAUGAAAAAAGCUAUUUGAGCAUGUGUACUUACAGAUUCAUUUGGGUGGCUGAGUAAAGAUGCUGCUUUUGAAAUAAAAUUGGUGCUGUGUAGACACUUGUAACCAAAAUUAUUUUUAUAACAGAACUAAAAGAAGGAGAGAAGAGACCAUGGACCUUUGAGUUUACAUGUUAUACCUAAUUGAUUGUCUGCAGCUUAUCUGUAUUUUAAUAUUGACUUUGUCCAGAUUCAGUGAGAGCAUAGUAUUGACAUUAUGAGGCAAAAUGCUGUCAUAGCCAGUAUUACUGAUACGUUGCUACAGGCACAAUGUAUGGAACAUAACUUUUCUAAAAUAGGAAUUAUUUCCAGUUAUGAAAAAGGAAAAGAGUAAUAAAGAAAACCAACUAAAACCCAAGGGAUCCUUUCUCCAUGUGGGUGAAUGGCUGCUAAAGCCACAGCAGACGUCAAUUUUUGAAUUGGAAUUGUUGAGAUAUCCUAGAUUGCUUUGAUGGAAAAAAUCCAGAGUCACAUAUCUUUUUUUAUUGUUAAGUUUUUGCAGCCUUUUGCCAGCAUUGCCAUAAAUACGUAAGAAAGCAGCAGAUAGUAUAAGCCCCUUGUUAUUAAGAGUUCUCAGUUAAUAUUAAGGCCAAAAUAUAACUUGAGCUAGGUAUAACAGGGCUGAAUGCUACAGUGUUGUUUUUAAAGAUUUUGCUUAUUUUUAAAGAAAGGAAAAUUCAGUUCUAACCAGAUGUUCCAGCUAUGUUACUCAACCAGCAGUGGUAGGAGCAGAGAGCACUUGCACUAAGAGCUGAUCACCAUUUGAGGUGCGCGGCUUAACGUACAUGUGAGUGUAGCUUGCUACAUGAAAAUGCUAGGCUCUAGGGCAUGUAAAACAUGAAUACAGAAUACUAGAUUGUUCUAAGUAAUGUCAUUUCUGUUUAUGAAUUUGAUUUUUCCCUUCAUUUCAUGUCAGAUUGAAAAUGCAAACAAACUGCUCUCAAGAACACCCAGAAGCUGUGUUACCAGAUGUGUUGUAAACACUCUACUAUUUUUCAUAGGUGCUUCCUUGAAAUAUAUGUCCAUUGUAGUGGUGGAGAGGGACUGGACUCUCUCAGGCUCUUUACUUGCCAGUUGUCUCCCGCAGUUAAUGGAAAUAUAUAUACAUAUAUAUAUUUUAUUUAGAAUAUAAUUUAAACAUGAAGGUCUAUUCUUUGCACUUUUUAUUAAUAUAUAUAUAGAUAAUCUUUAAAAAAAUUAAAAUUCAAGUCCAUUUUC